UAAAACCAGUCAGGUGCAGGCGGGUUUCAUGCUCAGGUGAGUUGUAGGGCCGGCCGACCUCAACUUCGUGAGUUACAGUAGAGGCAGUGACAUGUGAUUUGUGUUGAUAAAUGAAUGACAGUGUCAAUAAUAUCAAUUCCUUGAAUUAGUUCAUAAAAUUGAAAUUGUGUUUGUGAGUGGAAAGACAGAUGGGCUGAAGACACAACUUACAGACUGGAGCAAUCAUCUUACUUUUCUUAGCAUCAGAGACGCUCAUAAAACAUUAAGCAUAAAAUGACAAGUGAUUGUGAUGGUGAAAAAAUGGAGGAUCAAAUAGAAAAUUUGGAGCAGGCACGGAAAAUCAUCAAAAGCCUUCAUGAGAGGUAUAGAGCGCAGAGUCACCAACUGCUGGGAUGGCGGCGAAGAGUCAAAGCUCAGGAGGAAUUAGUAGCAAGAAUGAACCAGGAAAGGGCAGACCAAUUGAAGUCACUAUCUGCACAAUUGAUUCUAUUUGAAUCUCGAUUAUGUCGGAAGCAGAAGGACAUCAGUGCCCUAUUAAUACAGAGGGAAACUGUUAUUUUGCGUCAGCAACGUACCAUCCAGUUACUGCAGCAGCGACUGUCAGAUUCAGGACUUGAUGCAUCCAAUUUGGAUCUCCCACAUUUUGAUUCACCAACUGGCGAGACUAAUCUUGACUCACUGAAUGACAGUGACAGUGCAGUUAUCAUGGAGGAUAAUGUCAGCAAUGACCAAGAUGUUAUGAGCAUGUUGCCCCGUUUUCGUUCUGGAAUUGAUGCUGUCACAGUUGUACGUAGUGUGUCUGAUGCCGUUGAACCUGGGAACAAAUAUUCUGCUAUGCGUCGUUCAAACGGUUUUCUCAGACGCCCCGAAAUAUUAGAGACAGUUUACAGUGUGGAAGAAGAUGGAGAAGAUGUCGCACCUCAAACUACCUCUGUAGGGACCAAGACUGAUUCAAACUGUGAGAGCAGCACUUCUCCUGAGGAACCUAUCCCACAUUAUACAGGAGGUUGGGGGAACAGUGGCCGGUUACAAGGAUUGUAUGGAAGCUUUGAGAGACUUAAUGAGACAACUGAAAGGCACAGACACAGACACUCAGAAGAACCACAACAGAAUCAAGUCACAACUUAUAACAGAGUGAUGAGUAACCAUCGAUCAGUCACCAAACCCAAGGAUGUUAAGUACAAACGCAUUAACAAGGCUAAGUCUAAAUCAUUGGAAGAACUGAGGGGUCGCUUAAGGAACUGGGUGGACAAAGGAAACAAGUUAGCACUGUCACUUGACCAAUCAUAUGCAUGAUGUUGCAAUGUCAUCUAAUACGUGGAAAAAUCUGAAUGUGAAUUUUGUGGCUGUUAUUUUCAGUUAAUAUAUUUCCACAUAUACUUUUAUGGGGUUUUUUGUGCAAAACUAAGCUGAAGUACUAAAUAUAAUGUAGAUGUGGCAUAUAAUGCAUUCAGAGGCAAUCUUGGGACAACUAUUUAAAAUAAACAGUACUAUUUUCUGGGAUGUGAUGCCAUGUACUCCACUACAAGUUCAGCCAGACUACAUGGUAUCACAUCCAAGAAAAUUACACUCUUUAUAAUCACUGUUGUGGGAACCUAAACCCAACAUAGUUAGCCUCUACGGGGAUGCUACUCUACCUAACAUCAACAGAUCUGUAAAACUUCAAAUCAAGAAAAACAAGCUACUCUGUUUCCUGUCCUUCCCCCUGAGGUGUGAAGAACUUAAAGAUGAACUUCUCCUGAAUUACAAUGGUGACGAACCCUAGAUGAUAAUAAUAUUUAUAGUCACCACAGUGUUAUCCUCAAAUCCAGCUUCUUAAAAUAUUCCUUGUGUAUAUUCAAUAAAAAUUUUCUGAUUGUAAUUAAUAUGGUAAAAGUUUUUGUUCAUGGCUUGAUCCCUUUAGCUUGGAAGACACUUCCAAGCAUAUAAAAAUACAUGUCAUCCACAGCCAUGUUACCAUAAAGAAUGCCUGUUCUGAAAGUUUGAAACCAAAAUAUGUUCAGCAUGAGAGAGACCUAAAGGUCCAUAUUUAACAACACCAAAGUAAUGUAAGACAGUGUUCUCCUGUUAAAUAUUGAUAGGAGCAUGAAGAUAUACAAACCACACUUAAGUUAGGAAUUGUUUCUAAACAAGAUAUGUACUCAUAUGUUGGACUCUUAGUUUUGUUUGAAAGGCAAUUAUUAUUUUUAUUCAUUAUUAAAGACAUAUUUGGCUGUGUUUACUGGAUAUACUGUACUCAUUCACCUGAAAUAAGGUACUGUAUAUUCUAUUAUAAUUUAGGCUUAAAUUAAAUAUAUCUGAAUUUUAGAAUGUAGAUAAAUAUUAAAUAUAUAUUUAUGAGAAAGCAAAAUAAUAUAUACAAAAAUGUAUAUUGCAAAGUUUAACGAUACAUGCAAUCGUACUGUUAAAUUAUGUACCCAAUAAAAUUUGUGAUUUUUGUAAUGGACAUCAUGACGAAUCUAAAGGAAACACAGGUUUACUAUAAUAUGUAUACAGAGAAUGUUUGAAACAGAAUUUCAGAAUAAUUAUGUUACCAUUACUAUAAAAAACUGUCAACAAUAUGCUGUCAUUGACCUGAAAAGAGCUCAAUGACUCAACAGGUUUAAAAUCACAACUGUAAAUAUAAAUGUGAUUAUCCAUGAUUAUCUACAAACAUGUUCCUUAAAAACAAUAUGUAAUUCCAUCACUUGUAAACUAUUAAACUAUAUCUCUCCAGAACCAAACUUUUUAUGAAACAAUCUACAAGUAGUAUCAUCAUUUACUCAUUAAAUUAAUACUAUAAUUUGUAUAACUGGAUAUGGUUCCUUUAUUAUCAGAACGGAGCUAUGCACAUGGCACCAGACACUGCUACAUCGCAUAAAAAGUAAAGUAAAACUAUCCCUGUAACAGGGCGUGAAGGCCCAUAGGGUUGUGAAACGUUGAAGGUCCCAC